GACUUUGUGUCCUGACGAAUAAGUAUACGAUUUAGAACAGUAAAACGACAGGCCAAAAUGAAUACGCUAUUUCAAAGCAGAUUUUAUGAUCGUAUGUCUGCAUUUCGUAAUUUGUAAUAAUAUCUAUAUCGAACAAACCUGAAUGAGUAUGUAUAUCUAGAAAGAAAUAAUUCUUUAAAACAUAAGAUUCCAGUUAUAUAGGUUAAAUGAUCACCGUGUGAUAUGUACAAGUACACGAGUUGAAAUAAUCAUUCUGUGAACUAUGUAAUAGCAAGUCCAUUUGCUAGUGAAUGUCUUUUUAAGUGAUCUCUAUUGCAUUAAUUGAGCCACUGUUCGUAGCAUGCAAAACUGUGUGUUCCACUCAGGAAAAGAGGACUUGUUAAUGAAACUGGUUUAAACGCGAUGAGUUACGUCUUUCGAGAUCAGGGGUUAUUGGGUUUCUAGGGGUUAUUGGGUUGUUCGUCGUGCCGUCAUCGUACUAUUAUGCUUAUUUAAUCGCAUCUUUCCCUUUCCUUGUAAAAUCAUAAGUUUCGGCUAAAACAGAAAAGAAUAUCGUAGACCUGAUGGAUGGUACGGGAAUACACCAAGAGCCCGUUGGAGUGAUCGUAACCGAAAAUCGUUGCCACAGAAAUGAUACAAUAGCAUAUGACAUUACGGAAAGCGCGCUACUGACGAUCAAUACGAACACUUUGUUUCCGACUGGUAUACCGCGUGAUUUUUCCAUUUUAGUCGUCGCGAAGCCAAAAAUCGGAUCCUCGGCUGCCACGUUGUUUGCGAUCUACAGCGACAGUGGUGAGGAACAGUUGGUACUAUCAUUGGGCAAUGAUGUCACUCUUUACUACAGUACAACUCCGGAUGAUGAGGAUAAACCAAUUUCGUUUGGUAUUGAUAUAUCCGAUGGAAAAUGGCACCGUCUAGGAAUCAGCAUCAAAGGCGAUACUGUCACGCUAAUUUUCGAUUGUACUCAACAAAUUUCCAAAGAAUUAAGUAGAAAUCUUGACGAAACGAUUAGCGUCAGCGGCAUCAUAAUUAUCGGCCAACAGAUCGUCGAUGGUAACAUGUAUAUGGGUGGUCUGGAAAUGUUGAAGAUUGCACCGAUACCAGACGCAGCUUACGAAAUUUGCACGAUUUUCGCGCCAAAUUGUAGAAGUCAAUCGAGACAAAGUGGUCGUUCGAAUAUGCGGAAUUAUAAUUCCGUCGUGCGUACAACCUCGUCUACUUAUUACGAGGGUACAAAUAUUGGCGACAGUCAGACAGACCCAAGUUCUAGUUCUCCGGUUAAACCCUUCUCAACCGCUGGAUCGUAUUAUGAAACGAAUUACAAUCUGCACCCGCCUCGAAGUUAUGGCAGAACAUCUGAGAGAUCUGGACCAAAUGCUUCGUAUAAUGAGCAGGAUGAAAAUCUUGUAAAAGGAACGGAGGAUGAUUAUGAGAACGGGAGUGAAGAAGGGAACGAGGAUACCGAAGACAGCGACAACUACAAGUUAGCUUAUAGGCCAGUGAAUGCAACAUAUGCAACAAGACCAACUGUGGAGACGUUCCUUCACAAUCAAAGUGCCGUUUUCAACAACAUCGAUUCAGUCGAAGUAGAUCGCUAUCAAACGACAACGCCAGAAAUUUCUAAAACUUCCGACAAUUUAUCUAGAGAAGUUCAAGGAGGUUUGAAAUAUUCGGAAUCGUUGGAAGGAUCGUAUUACAAUCCAGCUUAUUAUAGUAGUAGGGGUUCGCCUGGGCCACGGGGAUUUCCGGGGCCACCAGGGGUGCCCGGACCACCUGGUAAAAAAGGAGAACCAGGAAGAGAUGGGUUAGCAGGUUUGCAAGGCACGGCUGGCCCACCGGGAAACGUGUUCAUAAUUCCAGCACUUAACCAGCAAGGAAACGAGAAAGGACCGGAUACUCAAACGGAAGCUCUGAGACAAAUGCUUUCACAGCAUAUGUUGGCUAUGAGAGGUGCCGAAGGUCCUAUGGGUCUUACAGGUAUUGCUGGGCCCGAAGGACCACCUGGACCUCAAGGUCAGAAGGGAGAACCUGGAGAAGUUGGCGAAUCUGGACCUCGUGGCGAAAGAGGUAUUCCUGGAAAUACUGGCAGGGAGGGUAGACGUGGUCGACCUGGGAGAGACGGAGAAAGAGGUUUAAGUGGACCACCAGGAAUGAAAGGAGAACAGGGUGUGCCUGGACUGCCUGGAUUACCAGGAGAUAAAGGCGAACGAGGAUUUGUAGGUGCCACCGGUGAACAAGGUUUACCAGGUCAUGAAGGAAUGCAGGGUGAUGAUGGUCCUCCAGGUUUACCAGGCUUACCGGGUGAAAUGGGACCAAGAGGAUUCAUAGGCCCACGAGGUUUCCCUGGAUUACCAGGGAAUCCAGGUAUUCCUGGAAGCGAAGGUCCACCAGGAGCAAAAGGCAAUACUGGUCCACCGGGCCCUCCAGGUGUGCCAGGUUCUCCGGGUCCAAUUGGACCUGUAGGACCACCCGGACCUCAAGGUCUUUUGGGUCCAACUGGUCUAGUGGGUCCACAAGGGAAGCCUGGAAUUCCUGGUCUGUCGGGAGCAGAUGGAUCUCCUGGUCAUCCGGGAAAUCCAGGCGUUCCUGGGAUGAAAGGUGAACAAGGGCCUCAAGGACCGCAAGGUCCGAUAGGCUUCCCGGGAGUCCGUGGCAUGAAAGGCGACGAAGGCAAACGUGGAUCGCCUGGUGAACGCGGGGAAAAGGGAGAGAGAGGUCCAGAAGGAGAGAAAGGUGACAUUGGCGCGAAGGGAGAACCUGGAUUGUCAGGUCCACAAGGAAUUCCUGGAUUGGAAGGUUUAGAAGGACCAAAAGGUUUCGAAGGGCCACGUGGUGAAACCGGUUUAGUUGGACUACCUGGUGAAAAAGGUAAAACUGGUCCUCCAGGUUUUGUUGGAUAUCCUGGAAAUGUUGGUGAAAAAGGAGAUAAAGGUCAACCAGGAAGAGAAGGCCCUAGUGGAGAUAAAGGAGAAAGGGGUAACAAUGGCGCGUCAGGAGAACGUGGUGAACCAGGGCCUAGGGGAUUUAGAGGUGCUCGUGGAAGAAGAGGUGCCGAAGGAUUGCCAGGACCGAAAGGUGAUACUGGACAGCCAGGCCCUCCGGGAUUACAAGGAGAAUCUGGUACGCCAGGAGUCGAGGGACCUCGUGGAUUUGUGGGAUCUCCUGGGCAAGCUGGUCUCAAUGGUAAAGAUGGAAUCCCUGGACCUUCUGGUGAACGUGGACCAGUGGGUGAUUCUGGGCCGCCAGGUCCACCAGGUGCGCCUGGUGUUAUCGGACCGCAAGGUCCAGCUGGUGAACCUGGACAACCAGGAGAACCUGGAAGUCCAGGAAAUCCAGGAGCUCCCGGAGAAUCAGGUUCCCCAGGAGAGCAAGGCAAAGAAGGACCACAAGGACCACCUGGUUUACAAGGAAAAGAAGGUUCACCUGGUCCUGGUGGUCUACCAGGAUUUCCUGGUGAACGGGGUGCAAAUGGUUUACCGGGAAUGCCAGGUGCAAAAGGAGAGAUAGGACCACCUGGGCUUCAAGGUCCAUCAGGCGAUAAAGGUGCUCAAGGAGAAUCUGGGAAAGAUGGCGAAUCUGGACCUCAAGGAAAGCAAGGACCUAAAGGACCACCUGGUCCAGUCGGAUUGAAAGGCGACAGGGGCGAGCCUGGACCAGUCGGUCCUACCGGGCGAGAUGGUUUACCAGGGCAACGUGGUUUACCAGGAGCUCCUGGCCCUGUUGGAGUGCCAGGAGAAGAUGGAGACAAAGGAGAUAUUGGACCACCUGGUGAAAAAGGCUUUAAAGGAUCUCAAGCGGAAACAGGACCUCCAGGAGCACCUGGCGCACAAGGACUUCGAGGUGAACCUGGUGCUAUCGGCUUACCAGGAGAAAAGGGACCACCUGGAGAAAUCGGGAGGCGAGGACCAAAAGGCGAAGAUGGUCCCGUUGGUGCAUCAGGUCCUCCUGGUCCCGUAGGGCCACAAGGAUUGCCUGGCCCAUCAGGAUUAAAAGGAGAAGUGGGGGAUACUGGCAUAGUUGGUCCUGUAGGACCGGCAGGAAAUCCAGGUGAACAAGGUCCAAGGGGCCCUAAAGGGUCUGAAGGUAUACAAGGUCCUCCGGGAGUAGAAGGUCGUCAAGGAGCAAAAGGAGAAUCUGGAGCGGUAGGACUUCCAGGUUUAAUAGGUCCAGAAGGAAAACAAGGCGAAAGAGGCCCUCCAGGACCAAAGGGAGAAGAAGGUAAGAGUGGACCUCCAGGACCGCCUGGAAGUCGUGGUAUAAAUGGUCCGGAAGGACCAAAAGGUAAUGCAGGACCACCUGGUUUUCCUGGACCUCCAGGAGAACCAGGUUUAGUCGGCCCAAAAGGGGAACCUGGUAAGAAUGGUGAAGAUGGAAAACCAGGAGAUCCUGGCGCACCAGGAGAGAUUGGACCCCCGGGAAAGGAAGGAUUACCUGGCCUUGCUGGAAAACAAGGAUCCGAAGGCCCAGCGGGAGUGCAAGGUAGUCCAGGUUUACCUGGUGAAAAAGGAGACAUGGGGCCGCCUGGGGCGCAGGGACCUCCGGGUUCCAUAGGAUCUCAGGGUCUUCCAGGACCAUCAGGUUUGCCAGGUGUAAGAGGAUUGCCAGGACUUGCUGGAGAAAAUGGUCCACCAGGGAUGUCAGGAGCUGUUGGUGCUCCAGGAAAAGUUGGACCGGUUGGGCCAAAAGGUCCAAAGGGUGACAGAGGUAAACGAGGAAUCAAAGGGCAUCGAGGUGAAUUGGGACACGUUGGAGUCAAAGGAGAACAGGGUGAGAAGGGAGAACAAGGACCACGAGGUGCUCUAGGACUCGAAGGACCCAAGGGUAACCAAGGGCCACCAGGUUUAUUGGGUUUCAAAGGAAACGAUGGACCUCCAGGACUUCCAGGAAUAGAAGGAGCAAUAGGACCCAAAGGUAAUGCUGGAAACGAUGGACCAAAAGGCGAACUCGGCCCUCCGGGACCGCCUGGUCCUCCUGGACCACCUGCAGAGCAACCUAUGAUUCCUCCGGAGUUGUUAUUCACGAGAGAACAAAUUCUUCGAAGGAAGCGCGAUAUUUCGACAAAUACCGCGGAAGACGAGAAAGAGAAAGAUUCAGAAACGUUGGACAAGGAUGAUCAAAUCGAAGAGGAAUUUGGCCCAAAAUUCUUGGACAUGUACAGUUCUAUAUACGCCAUGAGACAAGAAUUGGAUCGAAUACGCAAACCGAUUGGAAGCAGAGAAAAUCCUGUAAGGACUUGCAAGGAUUUAUUUUACGGCCAUCCUCAUUUUCACGAUGGUUGGUACUGGAUCGAUCCAAAUUUAGGAAUGGCUGACGACUCUGUAUAUGUUUAUUGCAAUAUGACGAAUAUGGGCGAAACUUGCGUAUACCCUGAUAUUCACACGAGUCAAAUGCCCAAUAUACCAUGGAGGAAAGAAAAUAAUAAAACGGAUUGGUACUCGAAUUUGCGCGGAGGAUUUAAAAUUACAUACGAAGCUAUUGGCGUAGUGCAAUUAAAUUUUCUGCGUUUAUUGAGCCAAGAAGCUUAUCAAAAUUUCACUUAUACCUGCAUUAAUAGCGUUGCUUGGUACAAUGUUUUGAAUUUUAAUUAUAAUUCAUCUUUACGACUGCUUGGUGCUAACGAGGAUGAAUUUUCAUAUACCGGUAUCAAGCCACAGAUCGUUACGGACAAUUGUAAAAUGCGUAAAAGCAAAGGAGAUACAGUGUUCUUGGUUUACAGUAAAAAGCUUCAACAGUUACCAUUGGUGGAUUUUUACCCAGUCGAUUAUGGAUUGCCGCAUCAAGCGUUUGGUUUUACAGUUGGGCCCAUUUGUUUCAAGUAAAUCAAAUUAUCAAAUCUCUAUUGGCAAGACUGAGGUAUAAUUGUAAAUUAUUCGAUAAUUAUUUUCUAUCAUUUUUUCCUUGACACUGUAAUAUCAAUCAGCAGAUAAUAAUUUAUUAAUCAUCUAAAUUUCUCUUACUAAGACGUACAAUAAUGAGAACUAUUAUAUUUUUCCAUGUACUUAUAUCAAUUAUCAUUAUCUUUUCGGAUUUAAACGUUCGAAAGAAUAAAAAAGUGCCAUUCAGAACUUAAGUAGAAUGUAAAAGGUGCAAUACAAUGUAUUAACACUGUUAUUUAUAUAUAUGUAUAUUAUUAAUAUUGUAACCACUGCCAUAAGUAUGUGAUCUACAUUAAUUCUGUGCGAUGUACGCCGAAUUUUCACAUGUUUAUAAAUAAAAUGCAAUAAUACAUAAAA